AUGGCUGAACACGCUCACCUCUCAAAAAUCGACGACGAAUUCGCUACAGCGUUCGCAAAGGUACCCCCUCCUCCACCUGGGCCACCCACCGUUGAGGGUACCCGAACUAUUUACACGAACGUCUUGGUACCAGCAGCGAAGGGAUUAGUAUCUUUGCCAGCCGAAUCAGAAUACCAAGUGAAAGAUCAUCACAUCGACGUUGGUAAUGGAGUCAAAGUCGUAGCUAGGAGCAUUGUACCCACAGCCAAAGAGGGAGAAGAUGGCACGUUCCCGUUACUUUUCUGGUGCCAUGGGGGAGGGUGGACGAUGGGGGAUCUUAAUUGGGAUGAUUACAGAUUAAGACGAGCUGCUGUGGAUACUCGUAUCGCUGUCGUGAAUUGUGAAUAUAGAUUGGCACCUGAAAACCCCUUCCCUGCUGCAGUCAAUGACUGCUUUGCCGCUCUCAAACAUGUCGCUACAAACCCGGAAUCAUUCUCAGGUUCUCUUUCCAAAGGUUUCCAUGUUGGCGGCCAAUCCGCCGGCGGAAACCUUGCAGCUGUCAUGGCCAUCCUCGCUCGAGAUGAUCCCGUUUUCAAAGACAGACCACUGACCGGUCAACUGCUCCUGAUCCCUGUUACUAUUCACCCAGACGCGUACCCAGAGAAAUACAAAUCUUCUUUAUUGUCGAUGGAGCAAAACAAAGAUGCACCUAUCCUGACGGCAGAGUUGAUGAGGAAAUACUGGGCCUGGUAUGCGGCUCCCCCUACAGACCCGAGAGCGUCUCCUCUGUUAUUGCCCUCCCACAAAGGUCUACCUCCAGCCUUUUUGAUGGUCUGUGGUCUGGAUCCUCUCCGUGAUGAAGGUUUGUUAUACGGGAAGGUUUUGAGCGCUGCAGGAGUCAAGACAAAGGUCGAAGUGUACUCUGGCGUCCCUCAUGGUUUUGAACUGGUUGACUGCACGAUUGGGAAAGCGCGUAAAUACGAAGCAGAUCUAGGUGCAGCGAUCAGAUGGCUCCUUGCUUGA